CUUUAAACAGCGUGGUAGCGUCCCCAAUUAUGUCGUAAAACCUUUGCACCCACACUCCGAUUAGAUGUUCUGUCUAAUAUAUCUAUCUCUCUUCUCUGUGUACCUGAGCUACUCUCUGGAUAUCUGGACCAGCCAUGGUGGUGUGUCUGACUGGGCUAUGGAGGUAUCGGAAUUACCUGGUCAUAUUCCUCACCCCACUGUUGAUUCUACCUCUACCCAUAAUAGUUGGGGGACCGGAGGCUAGUUGUGGCUAUGUGAUCAUCCUGACGGCCCUGUACUGGUGUACAGAGUGUAUGCCCCUGGCUGUGACCGGUCUGCUGCCUGUCAUCCUCUUCCCUAUGAUGGGCAUUAUGGAGUCAAGCGAGGUGUGUACCCAGUACAUGAAGGACUCUAACAUGCUGUUCGUCGGAGGGCUGUUGAUGGCUACAGCUGUGGAACACUGGAACCUUCACAAACGCAUCGCCCUCAGAGUACUGCUCCUAGUAGGGGUGAAGCCUGCCCUUCUGAUGAUGGGCUUCAUGGGCACCACAGCCUUCCUGUCCAUGUGGAUCGGUAACACAGCCUCCACUGCCAUGAUGCUGCCCAUCUCUAAUGCUGUGCUGAAGCAGCUGUGUGACACCGAGGCCCAGGCAGAGGAGAGGGAGAUGGACCUGAUCUCCCUCAGGGGGGCCGGGCCCGGGACUGGGAUACCUAAGGGCCAGGACAACCAAGCCUUUGAUAUGGGUGACAAGGAGAACAGUAUUACCAUAUAUGAUGCAUGUACUACCGAAUGUACAAAGGAUGUCAAGCCCAUGAAGAAUGGAAUUCAGUUAGAGCCCGAGUCAGAGGUGGAGGAGAGUCCGGAGGCGAGGGAGAGGAGGCUAAAGAGGGAGGCUAAGUACCUGAAACUGGAUAAAGGCAUGAGUCUCAGUGUGUGUUACGCUGCCAGCAUCGGAGGAACAGCCACCCUCACCGGCACCGCCCCGAACCUCAUCCUCAAAGGACAGGUCGACGAACUGUUCCCAGGAAAUGGAGACAUCAUCAACUUUGCCAGCUGGUUUGGUUUCUCCUUCCCCAACAUGGUUCUGAUGCUGAUCAUCUCCUGGCUGUGGCUGCAGUUUAUGUACCUGGGCUGCAACAUGAAGAAGUUGUUUGGCUGUGGAAUGAAUAAAGAUGGUGACAAGGAGGCGUACGGGGUGAUAAAGAAUGAGUAUAAGAAGCUGGGCAGUGUGUCCUUCGCUGAGGGCUGCAUCCUGGUGCUGUUUGUCCUGCUGGUCCUGCUCUGGUUCACCAGAGAACCAGGCUUCAUGCCCGGCUGGGCCGCUGUGCUCUUCAACAAGGACAAACCGUAUGUCACUGAUGGCACAGUGGCCAUGCUGAUGUCAACGCUGUUCUUUGUGAUCCCAUCCCAACUACCCAGAUGUGGCGGGUACUCUGAGGAUGGAAAGCCCCUGAAGGCCCCUCCCACCCUGCUCAAUUGGGACGUGGUCCAUAAGAAGAUGCCUUGGAACAUUCUCCUGCUAGUGGGAGGAGGCUUCGCUCUGGCCCGGGGCAGCGAGACGUCUGGUCUGUCUCAGUGGCUAGGAGAAAGUCUGGCCCCCCUGCAGUCCAUCCCUCCCGUUGCCAUCUCUUUCCUCCUGUCUCUACUCAUCGCCACUUUCACUGAGUGCUCCAGCAACGUAGCUACUACCACAUUGUUCCUGCCUAUACUGGCCUCUAUGGCCGUAGCCAUUAAGCUCCACCCGCUGUACGUCAUGCUGCCCUGCACCAUCUGUGCCUCGCUGGCCUUCAUGUUGCCGGUGGCCACACCCCCUAACGCCAUCGCCUUCUCCUAUGGCAACCUCAAAGUCAUGGACAUGGCGAAGGCUGGAUUCGUGCUGAACAUUAUUGGUGUCAUCACCAUCAACAUCGCCCUGAACACCUGGGGAACAGCUAUGUUCAAUCUCAACACCUUCCCUGACUGGGCCAAUGUUACCACCAUACCCACCCCCUGAUCUAGAGACACCAGAGAAUAAGGAAGGAGGGAAGGAGGAGGAGGAGGAAGAGACUGGAGGGAUGGGAAGAGGGGAGAGAUGCUGUAUGUACACCUCUAUCUGGGGCAGGCUGUAAACAGAAGACAGUGCUGAUGGUCAACCUACUCAGGGUGAUCUAAAGCUGCUACUGUAUACACACUUCAUAUAACAACACACACAGUAUCUGUUUACGGGUUGGACUGGUACUCCUCCUCCACUCUGUCAAAGUUUUGAUUGUUUUGAAUUAAAUCAAUUUAAAUGAA